ACGUGGAGAGCUACCAAGGACCAUGCUAUCUGCUCAAAGCACUUCAUAGAUUGGUGCAAAGGACCGUCAGCAUCACAUCCAGACCCUGAACUGUUUGCCUAUAACCGGUGGGGAGCAGGUAGAAACACUGCAAACAGUAUUUGUGAAGGAGGCAGACGCCGCAGUGCACAAAACUCAGAUAGCCCUCCACUAACUUCGGAUGAAGAUAUCCCAUAUGUCCAAAAGCCUGAUUGCUACAUGGACAUAAAUGGAGAAGUACAAGAUUAUGUGCAAGUGGAGGUUAACAGCAAAGAGUCAACAUCACUUGCAUCAGAUGGACAUGAAACCAAAAUGUCACCACCACCACAUGCUGACCACACAUAUACAAUGGCAAGCAUUCCCAGCACUCCAGCAGCUGAGCCAGUGGAUGCUGCAGUACAAGUUGAUGUGGGGACACAUGCUGCUAACAAGAUACAUCGGCGAGCCAUGACAAGAGACAUUAUUCUUACUGAUGAUGGUAGUGUGAGGUUUUACACCGGCUUCCCCUCCAAAGAUACUUUGGUAACAAUAUUUGACAUUAUCAAGAAAAGGGUCACCACUAUUAACUAUUGGAGAGGAGCAAAAUAUGCCAGUAAAGCGUGGUGCAAAACUACAUUCCUCCUUUCACAAGAAAAACAGAAGAUGGUAAAGGUAAAGGAAGAACAUUAAAUCAAAGUGAGAUACUUAAAACAAGAGAGAUAGCCUCACUAAGAAUUCAUGUUGAGCGUGCUAUUCAACGGAUGAAGACGUUUAGGAUCCUCACCAAAAAAAUGAGCUUUAAUUUAUGGCCCCUCCUUCACCAGAUCUUAGUUAUAAUAGCUUUCUUCUGCAAUCUGCAGCCACCACUCUUAAACCACUAGUUCAUGUCUAAUGCUAUGAACCUGUAGGGUACCUGUUAUAGAGGUUGUAGGUUUAAGUAAAAUACAAAUAUAAUAG